AUGGUAGAGCGACCUGAAGACACGAAUUUGGAUACUCUCUUGUCUGCCAACUUAUAUGAUCAAGAUCCACAAUAUGCCAAUUACAGGCGGCAGCAUGGUAUACAACUGGCAUCAAAUGACCUUCCAAAUGAAGUGACGAAAGUAGCUCAGGGCACUAUGCUAAUACCUCCUCAGUCACCUCCUCGACCACCGAUAGCUCCUCCACCAUCGACUAGUAGUAAAGCGGCAGUAGACGCGAUGCAGAGUCAACCUCCUCCUACAGCGCCUCAGCCUGCACCUGCGACUGCGCAGCUGCCAGCGCUGGUCGUGCCGCCGUAUACUGGAAACAAACUAGUGGAUGACUUGAUGAAAGACUCACCAGCCCCUGCCACGCCGAAUGGAGACAUGAUGGACGUUGAUGGUUCCGAUAGUCGAGGACGUGGUACUAGUGGAACACCAGGACCGUCUUAUGCAUCGGCUGAGGAUCGACUAAAGAGGAGGAGCAUGUCUCUAAAGGAUCGGACAGUGCUGAAAAGUAUGACAAAAGCAAACGAUGCUGGAGAUACACCGGCCAAUGGUGUUUCCACAAAGCCUAAAUUACAGAAAUCACGUAGUCCUAAUAGUAAACAGCGUCCAUCAAGUCCCACCAAAUCAUCUGUGCCCGAAGAAAUUCGUGGUUAUCAGUUGGCUGGAUGGCGAUCCCUUGUAUAUAAAAAACCAGUAUCGAGUUUCCUACAAACAGCACCAAAGGUGUUGUCAACCAAAGAUUGGCAGGUUGCCAGAGAAGAACAAAAACAUUUUAAACUGCUGAGUCGAAUAGAGGUUUUGGAAAAGGAAGGAACAUGGGCCUUCAAGCAACGAGUACCUCAUCAACCACCGCCACGGCAUAAGUCACAUCAUGAUUUACUGUUGGAUGAAAUGAAAUGGUUGGGUCAGGAUUUUCGCGAGGAAAGAAAAUGGAAGAUUGCUAUGUGCUUUAAACUGGCUAGAUGGGUUCUGGAAUGGCAUGCAGCAGAAGACAAGUCUACCGUAUGCGUGGAUAGACGUCAACAUGAACGUUCGGCUGCUGAGAUGAUGGAUUUAGACUUCCUUGCUCCACAAGAUUCUCUGCCACGUAGAUCAUUGUCAUUACCAAAGGAUACUGACAACGCUAUGGAGACAUCUGAAGACGAUGCUAUGGCAACUGUGAAAACAGAGUCUGAUAGUACAAAGGCACCAGAAAUUGAUGUACCUGAAGCCUCUACAGAAGAAGAAAGGGCUUGGAAGGGUAGAGAUACAGAGCCUCGUGUUGGUGUUGAUCCGUCAUCGAUAAUGCCUCCAGCUUUAAGUAUACUGACCUCAAGGUCACGUAAAACCGAAAGCCCUGCGUUGGUAGUAGAUCCCGAGUCUUUGGUGUAUAUCGUCACGUCGUCAUUUCAUCUGUCAUCACCACCUGAAGUGCCGAGUAUGCCAGUCUUCCCAAAACCACCGCCAGUAGUCAUAAAACAGGAAGUCCCACCGCCAGCAGCAGAAUCAACUACUUUAGAUCAGCCUUCUGUCGCCCCAACUUCGAUAACACCAUCUAGUCAACCAUCUGUUGUAACACAACCGCCUCCUGUUGUAGCAAGUACUGCACCAGUUCUACCAAUAGUGCCGCUACCACCAACAAUAAAUAUAACUCAAGCUACACCACCACUUGCAUUAUCACAAUCUCCAGCAUUACAACCACUUGCACCCUCAGCAACGCCACCACAACAACCACAGGCUCCAGUGAUAGCACCGUUGCCAAUACCGAAAAUAAUGCUUCCAGCACCUGAUACGCCAUAUCAACCAUUUGACACGGCCGACUUGUAUUAUGAUCCCAUGCCAUAUCAUCGCAUCAUUCCCGUCUCUAACCUAAUGAGCACUAAAUUUAUAGUCAAGGACAAUCACCGCUAUGAUAAGUAUGGUCGCCUGCAGCCAGAAGAUGUGUUGGACAUUGACGAGGAAGUGGCAACGGCACUCCCUUCAAAUGAAAGGUAUAAUGCAGCCUUAUUUACGUCGCCACUGUUUAUUGGACGACGAAUCAAGGACGAUAAAGGGUUUGAACCACAGCCCUCAGCCCAUCAGAAUGAUCCUAGUCGAGUAGUAGUUCCUUGGACGACAGAAGAGGAAGAUAUGCUAUUGACACUAGUAGCACAGUAUCCAUCGAAUUGGGAUUUGGUUGCUGAUACAUUAGCAUCAUGUCGUCUUGGUCCACCUCAAGCUAUUAGAACAGCACACGACUGUUUUAUACGCUGGGGUCGUGCCAUCAAAGAACAGAAAGCUAAUGCGGCUGUAGCUGCCAACGAAGCCGCUGCUGCAUCUGAUGCCAGUACACCCAUCAUGUCGCCAUCUACACCAUUUCCAAUGGCUAAUGGUGGUGCAUCUACUCAUGUAAAUAAAAAGCAGAAGCUGGAAUCUCAGCACUCUAAGUCAUUGAGGAGAGACGAGCAGAAACGAAUCAAGAGGCAUAGUGCGGUAUUCGACUUGAUACGGCAAUACGCAGAACAACGAGAAGCCAAUAAACCUCCACCUGCUCGUCCACCAAAGCAAAUCAAUAUGACUGCUCAUGAUACACAUCAGCAGUCACAGUUGCAAGCAGGAGUGAAUCUGGAUAGUUCUCCGCUGACUCCUGUACAAUUGGGUAUGUUGAAGGAGAGGAGGGAUAAAGAGAUUCGUAGCAGUCAUGAACAAAUGAGAAUGAUGGGUAGGCCGCCAGGAAUGGGUGCUCCAAUGGGUUAUGGUCCAGCAUAUCCGAAUUACAGAAUUGCUAGACCAGCAGUGCCACUAGGUAAUGGUCAAAUUCCACUCCGACCGCCAGGUCAACCGAUGCAACAGGGAAUGCCUCAACAAGGAGGUACAGUGACAGCUACUCCAUUACCGACAAAUGUUACACCGGUUUUACAACAAUCUGGUAUUUUAGGUCUAGUUGGUGGUAUGCCUCGACCUCAGCUGAGUCAAGCAGACUUGGGUCGUCUCUUGAUGGCUCAACAACAGCGACAACAGGCAGUGCAGCAGGCACAGCAACAACAGCAGCUACGACCACCUUUCCAACAGCAAUUGACUCCUCAGCAAAUGCAGCAAAUAAUCGAACAGCAACAGGCCUUUGCUGCAUUGCCAGCAGCACAACGUCAGCUCUUGAUCAAUAGACAACAAGCUGCUGCAGCAGCAGGCGGAGUAGGAGUUGGAAAUGGAGUCGUAAGGCCACAAGGACAAGCGCCACCCAAUCCAGAAUAUUUACAGGCUCUUGGACGUGGAGCUGUUGGCACCGUUGGCCCAGGAGGUUUACCGUCUCUACAGUUUACACCCGAGUUGUUGCAACAGUUGAAUCUCCAACGAGCACAAGUCCAACAACAUCAACAACAGCAACAAGUCGGUACACCAUCAUCUACGAACGCACCACAGACACCAGGACCAAUGUCACCAAAUGGAAAUGUAGCAGCAUCACCUCGAAUGGGAACGGCAGGUGCUUCUACACCAGCAGCAGCAUCAAGUCCAGUUAUAGAAAUGAUGGAGGAUGUGAUACCUGGUGGAGCAACCAAUGAUAAUAGUGUAGAGAAUAGUAAUCAGAUUGUUGAUGAGUCCGAGACGUCGCCUCCUCAUCGAGAAACGAGGGCAACUAGGGCAGCUGCUGCAGGUACUACUCCUGGACGUAGCAGUAGGAAACGGAAGUAA